UGAGAGGAACCAGAAAGAAGGGAGGGGCCGAGUGAAGCGCACGGUCGCUCAGGUUGGGCAAGAUGGCGUCGCCGACAAUGAAGCGGCACGGCGGCCUGGGGCUGCUCAGAGCCUUCCUGGUGUUACUGGGAGUUUCUGCGCUCUGUACUGUUGCAUUAGCAACCCGGAAAGGAAAUGCUUCCAUGGAUCAUAGAGGCCACAAACACAGACAUCCAGGUCACUUGUCGCUGCACAGACACAAACAAAGCGGGCAAGAAGGACAGGUCCUCCACAGGUCCAAACGAGGAUGGGUCUGGAAUCAGUUCUUUGUAAUUGAGGAGUACACUGGGACCUGACCCCCGGUGCUGGUGGGCAGGCUCCACUCAGAUGUAGACUCAGGCAACGGCAACAUCAAGUACAUCUUGUCCGGCGAAGGUGCGGGAACGAUCUUCGUUAUCGAUGAUAAGACGGGCAACAUCCACGCCACAAAAACCCUGGACCGAGAGGAGCAGGCCCAGUACACUUUAACGGCUCAGGCUGUGGACAGAGAUACAAAUAAGCCUCUGGAGCCACCAUCGGAGUUCAUCGUGAAAGUUCAGGACAUCAAUGAUAAUCCUCCUGAGUUUCUACAUGGGCCGUACUAUGCCAGGGUGCCUGAGAUGUCCAAUGUCGGUACGUCGGUGAUGCAGGUGACAGCUACAGAUGCUGAUGACCCCACCUACGGCAACAGUGCCAGACUGGUGUACAGCAUACUGCAAGGACAACCGUAUUUCUCUGUGGAGCCUCAAACAGGUAUCAUUCGUACGGCCUUGCCAAACAUGGACCGCGAAGCCCGCCAGGAGUACGACGUCGUCAUCCAGGCCAAAGACAUGGGUGGUCACAUGGGCGGGCUGUCGGGCACCACCGAGGUUAAAAUCACCCUCACAGAUGUCAACGACAACCCUCCAAAGUUCCCACAGAGUGUGUAUUCCAUGUCUGUGUCAGAGGAUAAAGUGCCAGGAGAGGAGGUGGGCCGCCUUAAGGCCAAAGACCCUGACCUUGGAGACAACGGGAUCGUCAACUACCGCUUGAUAGACGGAGAUGGAUUGCCCAUGUUCGAACUAUCAACUGACUCCGAGACCAAGGAGGCCGUUAUUAAACUAAAGAAGCCGGUUGACUUUGAGACUAAAAGGUCGUACAGUUUGAAGGUGGAGGGAUCCAACCCUCAUCUUGACCCACAAUUCCUUGCUUGGGGGCCUUAUAAAGAUGAAGCCACGAUAAAGAUAUCAGUGGAGGAUGCAGAUGAGCCUCCUGUGUUCAUAGCUCCCAGUUACACUUUUGAGGUAGAGGAGAAUGCGCCCGAAGGCACCCUGGUGGGUCGAGUCCACGCCAAGGACACCGAUGUCGCUAACAACCCCGUCAGGUACAUGAUCCCUCGGUACACCGACGUUGAGCAGUUCUUCAGCGUAAACUCGGAAGACGGCAUGAUUACCACGACGAGACCGCUGGACAGAGAAGCACAGGCCUGGCAUAAUAUAUCUGUGUCGGCUACAGAGAUAGGAGGCCACCAUCAGGACACCAAAGUACGUGUUAACAUCAAAGUGAAAGACGUGAAUGACAACGCCCCAGAGUUCGCUACCAACAAUGAAGUCCUCAUGUGUGAAACUGUUGCACCAGGAAAGGUAAUUGAAACCAUAAGCGCAGUGGACAAAGACGAGAUGGCUCACAGACAACACUUCACGUUCAGCCUUGCUCCAGAAGUCGCCUACAACCACAACUUCUCCCUCAAAGACAACAGAGACAGUACAUCCAGUAUCUACGUGCUCCGUAAAGGAUUCAGCCGCCUCACCCAGGACGUUUACUAUCUCCCCAUCGAGAUAAACGACAACGGCGUCCCCGCCUUGAGCAGCACCAACACCCUGACCAUCAGAGUCUGCUCCUGUGACAGCAGAGACACCAUCCUCUCGUGUAACGUGGAGCCCUACGUCCUACCUGCCGGUCUCAGCACCGGGGCGCUGAUAGCUAUACUGGCCUGUAUCGUCAUCUUGCUGGCUAUAGUGGUGUUGUUUGUUGCACUGAGGCGCCAGAAGAAGGAGCCUUUGAUAGUGUUUGAGGAGGAGGACAUCAGAGAGAAUAUCAUCACGUAUGAUGAUGAGGGAGGUGGCGAGGAGGACACCGAGGCUUUUGACAUUGCUACGUUGCAGAACCCAGAUGGUGCCAACGGUUUCCUGCCGAGGAAGGACAUCAAACCCGAGCUUCAGUAUCCCCUCAGGCCUGGUCUGGGCCGUACGGCAGCCAACAGCGUGGACGUGGACGACUUCAUCAAGACUCGAAUCGCCGAAGCCGACAGCGACCCUACCGCGCCGCCCUACGACUCCAUCCAGAUCUACGGCUACGAAGGCAGAGGAUCACUGGCUGGGUCGUUGAGUUCCCUCGAGUCUGUGACGACAGAGUCUGACUUGGAUUAUGACUAUCUGCAGAGUUGGGGGCCGAGGUUUAAGAAGCUGGCAGAUUUGUACGGGACCAAAGACUGCUGCAUUAACAAUGAUGAUGACGGUGAAGACUCUUAACAGUAGUCUUAAAUGAGUGGACGCCCCUGAUUUCUGAUGUAUUGAUUCCAUGAGGAUUUGUUAACCGAGGGUUCAAACCCCUCGAUUCACAAUUGUUACCGACUACCAACUGAUCAGUUCACGCCAAUUCGUCAAACCGACCGUUUAACAAGCUCUCCCUCCCGUGGCGCCUUCU